AUGACCGUCACGCAACGGAAACCGCAACAUUUACCCGACGAGAUUCAAACCUUGAACGAGCCCGGCGUCCAGUACCAGUGCGAUUCCUGUAAAUGUGACUUGACCCACAACAUACGCAUCAAAUGCGCCGAUCCCAUAUGUACACCCGGAGAAGGUGUGGACCUCUGUCCAUCGUGUUUUUGCGAGGGAAAGGAGGUGGGAAAACACCUCAGAAGUCAUGCAUACCGCGUCAUUGAGAUGAAUUCAUAUCCUAUUUUUACCGAGGAUUGGGGUGCCGACGAGGAGCUUUUAUUACUUACUGGAAUUUCAACUCAUGGUAUUGGUAACUGGAAGAAAAUAGCUGAACACGUGGGCACUCGGACGAAGGAGGAGGUCCAUGAACAUUAUAGGAAGGUGUAUGUUGACUCAGAACAAUGGCCUCUACCGAGAAUGGAUUUGGAAUUUGAUAUAGAACCAGAAGUCUUUCACGAACGCAAGCGACGGAGGAUCACUGCCAUGAAUAAUCAAGAAAUGCCCGUUCACACAUCUCCUCCUACGUCAUUACCCGCCAUCCAUGAAAUUUCGACUUUUCUUCCCGGCCGUCUUGAAUUUGAACACGAAAUUGAUAAUGAAGCGGAAGACUUGGUGAAAGACUUGGAGUUUGGGGUUGUGACCGACUAUGGCGGUGAUCAGAUCAUCGAGGAUGAAAAUGAUAUCGAUGUCCUAGCUCGCGCAAGGUUGGAAAAGGAAAAACGUCUAGGAAUUUUUACAGGUUAUCACAACCCGCCGGCACAUGCAGGGAAGGCUCCACCUCCCGCCAACGGUAUGGUUAACGGACACCAUGUGAAUGGUGAUAUCAAGAAAGUAAAAACAGAAGACAUUUCGAAUGGCGAAGAUGAAAUAGAAGAACCAGUUCAGCCUCCACCCUUCGAAACUAAAGACUCUUUAGCUUUUAAGCUAACUCUCCUUGAAAUGUAUUUUCAACGUAUUGACAAGCGUCUGGAAACCAAAGCCGUUAUUUUUGAAAGGGGCUUAUUGGAAUAUAAGAAGAUGCAAGCUGUGGAAAAGAAACGGACCCGAGAAGAGCGUGAAUUUCUACAUCGGCUACGUCCUUUCGCGAGGUUACAAACUGCUGAAGAUUAUGAAGCUUUUUCUACUGAUAUGCUCUACGAGGCUUUGCUUCGUAAACGGAUACAAGAACUUCAAGCAUAUCGGCGCCUUGGAUUGUCUACACCGGCGGAUAUCGAUAAAUAUGAGGUCGAUCUUGCAAAAAGGACACAAACUAAAGUUGCACCUCUGCGAGAUUACGCUUCAGAUAGAUUACAGUAUCGCAACACAGGUCGUCAAUCUUCGGGUCCUGAUCCUCGUAGAUCAAGUCUGGUAUCAUAUGGAGAAUCUGAAGACAGAAAAUCUCGUGAAUCGACGCCACGGUUGGGUAGUGCCCCAGGCUCUAGUGCUACUGCUGUUCGCCGUCCUCCUGCCCCUCUCAAUCUCGCUAACAGUCCAUCGUUACAUCUGCUUACCCCUGCCGAACAGACUCUCUGUUCCCAACUCCGCAUUCAACCUAAACCUUAUCUUGUUAUCAAGGAAACCCUUGUCCGGGAGUAUGCUCGUAGAGGCGGCAAGCUUCGUCGACGUGAAGCUCGUGAUUUGGUCAAGAUUGACGUUAACAAAACAAGCCGCGUUUGGGACUUCCUUGUACAGUCUGGUUACUUGAAAAUUACAAAUGAACCGAGCAGCGCUGCUGCUACCGCACCUCCUAUGACACCCUCUGUAUCUCAGUCCCAAGACAAUAACCCACUCCAAACACCUUCUGCAAACGGUUCUCCGCAAAAAGAUGCUAGAGCUCCAAUAUCUCCUCGACCUCCCAUUCCUCCUGCUAUAUCCUCUGCUUCGAGUAGUCAAAACGGAUCGCUCUACAGCUCGUCAUUGCAAUCGAUCCCACAAUCAUGGACAACAACUACUUGA